CGCUCCCUUAUCUUGCGGAUGCUGCUAUGCAUCGUCGAAGAUGGCGAAUGUUUGGAGUAUGGCGUUUUACUGCCGUAGCUGAUAAAGGGAAGAAGGCGAGUAAAGACAGAAGAUAAACCCCCACAAAAAGGAUACUUGUUGAAAAACGGUGACUAUUAAUAAUGUCCCAGUCCUCGGACAGUGAGGAUGGAUAUUUUGUUGCCAUGGAUACUGAAGAGGACGAUGCGGGAGCCAGGCUUGUUGGGAUGGCGCAGGAAGUGACGGAGAAACUGGACUCCAGUAGCAGAAGAGCACAGGACAAGGAGAGGAGAUGGACAAACGGGGAACGGACUAUGGUGGAGUUGCCGGAAGAAGUCCUAGAGUAUAUUCUGUCCUUCCUCUCACCUUACCAGGAACACAAGACCGCAGCACUUGUGUGUAAACAGUGGUAUCGCCUCAUCAAAGGUGUUGCGCAUCAGUGUUACCAUGGUUUCCUGAAGGCAGUCCAGGAUGGAAAUAUUCAGUGGGAGAGUCGCACUUACCCGUAUCCAGGAACACCCAUAACUCAACGCUUCUCACACAGUGCUUGCUACUAUGACUCAAACCAGUCCAUGUAUGUCUUUGGAGGUUGCACUCAGAGUAGUUGCAAUGCUGCUUUCAACGAUCUCUGGAGACUUGACCUCAACAGCAAGGAGUGGAUCCGGCCGCUUGCCUCAGGUUCCUAUCCUUCGCCCAAGGCUGGGGCCACCCUGGUGAUGUACAAUGACCUGCUUGUGCUGUUCGGUGGCUGGACCCGACCAAGCCCCUAUCCCCUCCACCAACCAGAGAGGUUCUUUGAUGAGAUACACACAUACUCCCCCUCCAAGAACUGGUGGAACUGCAUCGUCACCACCCACGGCCCCCCCCCCAUGGCCGGCCACUCCUCCUCCGUCAUAGGAAGCACCAUGGUGGUGUUCGGAGGAUCUCUCGGGGCGCGCCAAAUGAGCAGCGAGGUGUGGAUUCUGGAUCUGGAGCAGUGGUCCUGGUCCAAACCCACCAUCUCAGGGCCGUCUCCACACCCACGCGGUGGCCAGUCGCAGAUUGUAAUUGACGAUGAGACUCUGCUAAUCCUUGGAGGCUGUGGUGGCCCCAAUGCGCUGCUGAAGGACGCCUGGCUUCUCCACAUGGGGGCAGCUCCCUGGACCUGGCAGCAGCUGCGCGUGGAGAACGAUGAGCAUGGAGCUCCUGAGCUCUGGUGCCACCCCGCCUGCAGGGUCGGCCAGUGUGUGGUGGUCUUCUCCCAGGCUCCAUCAGGCCGAGCCCCUCUCAGCCCCAGCCUUAACUCCCGCCCCUCCCCCAUAAGUGCCACCCCCGCCCCCCUGGGCCCCGAGCCCCCCUCCCUGCGCUCCCAGUCCCCUGUACGCAGUGGGGCGGCGGGUGUGGUCCUGGGGGCUGUGGAGGAGGCUCCCUGUGUGAAUGGGCGCUGGGGCACCCUCCGACCACGGCCCUCAGCCCGGGGUGGGGCCAGGGGGGGGGAGGGGAGCCCCUCGUCCCCCCAGCAGCCCUCUCCCUCCCGGGGCCAGGACAGCCCCCCGCUCCCCUCUCUCCCUCCGCUGCUCAGUGGCUCUUCCCCCUCACCGCAGACCAGCCCCUCCCAGGCUGCCUCGCCCCCGCCCCGCCCCCACCCCCAGCUGCCCUCGGACUACGGGUGGGAGUCCCCCGAGGUGCCCAGCACCAACGGGCUGCACACGCCUCCGCUGGUGUCCCCACACACCCCCCCGGGGGCCGUGUCUCCAGCAGCUCUGAGGAGAAGCCUGGAGGCGGUGAAGAACCUCUCCUCCUCGGCCCUGCCGUCUUCCUCGUCCUCCCCGCAGGGGGGCGCCUCGGAGGGGGGGAGUGGCGGGGCGACGGGGGGUGGAGGGGCCUCGGCGGGGACGUCCCCCUCCUCGUCCUCCAGCCCGCCUCAGGCCUCCGCCGCCCCUGCAGAUGGACACUCCAUCCCCCCCAUCGCCCGGCGUCUGGGCCACCAUCCCCCUCAGAGCCUUAACGUGGGGAAGCCCCUGUACCAGUCGCUCAACUGCAAGCCCAUGCAGAUGUACGUGCUGGACGUGGCCCGCGCCAAACCAGCCGGCCUGGUGUCCUGGAGGGUGUACGGGAACGGGACGCCGGCCGCCGUCACUGGGCCCCCUGAGACCAGCCUCCACACGGUGGUCCAGGGCAGGGGGGAGCUCAUCAUUUUCGGGGGCCUGAUGGACAAGAAGCAGAACGUCAAGUAUUACCCCAAAACCAAUGCCUUGUACUUUGUCCGCGCAAAGAGGUAAUGCUUCACCACAGGGAGGGAGCUGACUGAGGAACACGAGUCAGGCUGCGUCUCCCUCCUGACCACACGAGGGAAGGGAAACUCGAGGGGUUUCUGCCAUUUUUUCGUCUAGAUGAGGGGAUCACGGGAGAAGCAACAUCAUUCUCAGUACUUGAGUUCCUCCACCAACAUACACUAAUUUCUCCCCUCCCUCUGCCUAUAUCAUAACUUCAUGAAUAACAUGAGUACAUUUAAAGGACACUGAGGAUGUUGUCGAUAUGGAGACAUUUGAUUGAUUGUUCGUGUCCUUCCUCAUUGCCCUGUGUGAUUUUUGCGUGUGUGCAAGUGCCUGCGUGUGCGCGUGUGUGUGUGCGUGCGCACACCAUGCGAGAGAACAGCAGUUUUUCAUUGAUUCCCAAAAGAUGAUGCAGACUAUAGUUUCAUUUGUCUGCCUGCGUUUGACUGACUGACUGAGCGAGAGACGGAGAGAGACGGGGAGGGAUCAGUUUUGGCUGCUUAAACGGGAGGUAAAACAGACGACCUUGAUUUAUCACUUCUUUAGCCUGCAUUGUUUCCAGUGGAAGCUGUGUGUGCGUGCGUGUGUGCGUGCGUGUGUGCGUGCGUGCGUGCGUGCGUGCGUGCGUGCGUGCGUGCGUGUGUGCAAGAGAGCGUGUGUGAGCAUGGUUGUGUUCAAGCCGUUUGUGUUUGACUG